ACCGGCGCAGAGUGUGUCAAUCAAAAGUCUCUCUACAAUUCGUCCGGCACAUUUCGACACAUCUAUUUAUUUUUGAUUAAUAUUCCUGAACAAUGCAAUUGCAGGCGAAUCGCUGAAUAAACGAUAACAAAGUUAAAACAACAAUAAAAAUAACAAAUACAACACAAAAUGCAGUUGGGCUCCAAGCUACACGUUUACAAAGGCGAAUGGGGGCUGCCGUCCAUAGAUUUCGAAUGUCUGCGUGCUUUGUGUUUACUCCGUUUCACCCGCUGCCCCAUGGAAAUUGAAACAAACGCGAAUCCUUUGCGUUCGGGUACUGGAAAAUUACCAUAUCUUCAAAUUGGCAAUGAUAAAUUUCAUGGCUAUAAAGAUAUCAAACGAAUACUGGAUAUUGAGGGUUAUCCGGUCGAUGCGCAUUUAAAUACGAAACAAAAACAUCUCUCCAUUACAUACUCGAACUGGGUUUUCACACAACUGCAUGCCUACUAUCAUUAUUACUUGUACGGUGAGCCGAACAACUAUGAUACGACUACUCGUGGCCUUUACGCAAAGCGGACACCAUUCCCAUUCAAUUUCUACUACCCUUCAACGUAUCAGCGGGAGGCGUGCGAUGUGGUGCAGGUGCUGGGAGGCUUUGAUAUAAAUGAUAAGCUGGAAAAGCAUGAGGGUGACUAUCUUGCAGCUAAUGCCAAAAAAUGUGUGAAUUUACUUUCUCGUAAAUUGGGACGAAAAGUUUGGUUCUUUGGAGAUACGUACAGUGAAUUGGAUGCCAUUGUCUAUAGUUAUUUAGCUAUUAUCUACCAUAUAACACUGCCCAAUAAUCCACUACAAAAUCACAUAAAAGGCUGUCAAAAUUUAGUGAAUUUCAUUAAGCGCAUCACCAAGGAUAUAUUCCGGAAUGAAUGCUAUAGUUCCAUCAAAAUGACAAAAGCACCCAGCCAAUCAGAUACAAUGCUAACACCUUCAGAGCGAAAAUUAAUGGAGACGGAUCUCAAUACAAAGAUAAUCGCUGGCGUUGGCGCCGUAUUGGCAAUGGGUGCCUUUGCAGCAUGGCGAGGCAUUUACACGCAGUUAACACGCUCGUCAACGGACUACGACGGCAUCGACUACGAGGACGACGAUAUAGAUGAGGUUUUGGAUUAGUUACAGUUCUGUACAGAUAUAGUUCUAGCAAUCGAUGUAUAUUUAUAUUAAUAACAUAGGAAGAAGAGUGAAAUCUAAAAGCACAGCAGUAAUUUUUCCAUAAGCAAAUCCUUUAAAAAAGA